AUUUUCUCCAUCAAACAACUUACCAAUAUUUGUUAAAUACACUCCUAUCAAACUUGAAACUAACUACCUUCUUCUCACAUUAAUUCCACAUAAAAAAUUUAGUAUCAUCUACUCCAUAAUCAUGAAUUCAAGAACCUGUGCUUGGACGUUGACAGUGGCAGCCAGUGUUGGAGUGGUGGAGGCUUUGAAGGAUCAGGGCAUAUGCCGGUGGAACAGUGUCAUAAGAUCAGCACACCAACAUGCUAAACAUCAUGUAAGGACUCUGUCUCAGGCCAACAAGCUUUCUUCUCAAUCUCAAUCAUCAACUGCUGUGGCACCUUCAGCUAAAUUGAGGGAUCAGAGAGCGAAGCAGGCAGAGGAGGAUUUGAGAACUGUCAUGUACUUGAGCUGCUGGGGCCCCAACAACUGAACAAAAACAUGCACAAUAAAUCAAAGAUCCAGAACCAAUCUGAGAUAAAUGAGUCUAGAACACUACACUCAUUCAUGCCUUUUUUGCUUCUUUGGAAUGGAGCACCAAUGCUAAUCAGUGCUUUGGAAUGGCCUUAUUACAUGUUUAGAUCAGCUUUUCUUAUUAGAAUCAAUUCUGAAAUCCAGAAACCAUUCGAUUCUUCUCUUCAAAAUCGAUUAUGGUAUUAGAAGCAAUUGUAGAAGAAUUGUAAAAAAUGUAUUUAAUCUGAUUGCUUGAUACAUCUCUUUAAGUGAUGGAUUCAUCACUGAGGAGAUGAAAUUGUAGAUAGAUAUUAUCAAGUAGUAUUUAUUGGGUUGCUCUAAAUGAAAGAUGUGACUUUUAAAGCCAAA